AUGAAUUCAUUUAGAAGAGUAGUAACCAAAACUAAAACUAGUAUCUUUUUGCAUAAAGAGAGCAUUGAUAAUGUUUUAAGAGAACAAUUAGCUGCAUUAAGAUUGCUAUAACCAAAAACUUAAGUACUAAAAAUUAGUAAUGAAGAUCGUUGAUCAAAAAUUAGAACAACGUAAAUAAGAGUUAUUAUAUGAAAUGAGUUAAGAGAAUCUAUAGAAGGAUGAUAAUGUUGAUAUAGCAGGAUUUUAAUAGAUUUUUGCUGAAUUGUCUUACAUUAAUAACAAAAAAAGAUCAUAAAUAUAAGAAGAUAUAAUGAUGAAGAAUGAUUAAGUUAUUACGAUUCCAGAAAUAGAAUUAUAAAAUGAGAUUGAUUAAGAGAUGGAUUGUAAAUAGAUAUUAGAAAAAAGAAUUGAUUAGAUUGAACAUUCAGUGAGAAUUAUAGAAAAACAAAAUAAUUUAUUGAAAGAGUAAAUUGAAUUAUACACUAAAAAUGAACCUAAAAUUCAAUUAAAAGAGAUUGAAAACAAAUAAUAAUUGUCAUUUUUUAUACAUUAUAUUAAUACCAUUAAAAAAGCAAUGAAAUUAGAAAAGGAAUGGUAGACUUAAAAAAUUGAAAAAUUAAAAUAUAAAGCAGAAAAGUCUUAAUUAAUAACAGAGGCUAAUUUAAAAGAAUUAUUAGAACAAGAGGAUAGAGAAAUGUCAUUAUUGCUUAAAUAUGAAUAAACAAGUGAUCUUAUUAAUUAAAUUGAUGAAGAUAUUAAAACUAAAUUUCAUAAAAUUGAAGAAUGUGCUGAAUUAUUAGAAGAAUUUGAUGAUAUUGAUAAAUUAAGAUUAAUAUUUGUUUUAGAAAACCCAAAUGAUUUUGAACUUGAUGAGAUUUUAUAACAUGUUAGAUGUUAAUUAAGAUAACCAUUUUCAAGAUUAUAAUUAGCUUCAUCUUUAUAAGAAUAUAUAGAUAGGGCAAGAUUUAGUGGAGUUUCAUCAAGAAUAAAGAUAUUUUUUAAAUUUCAUGAUAAUGAUUUGAAUUAUUCAAUUAAUUAAUUGAUAUAAGUUUAUAGAAAAUUAUAAUUUCAAGAUGGAACAUUAAGAAAUAGAUAUGAAGAUUUACUAAUAUAAAAAGGAUAAUUAAUUAAUCAUUUACUUUUUUUGAAUUAAUUGUAAUUUUAUGAAUUAGAUGAACCUGAAUCUAUAGCACCAUAAAUAGAUGAAUAAUAACAUGAAAUGGCUCAAUAUUUUAAAAAUAUUUAAGUAAGAUAUUUAUCAAAUAACAAAUAUUUUUUUGUUAGAAUUUUUACAAUGCUUACAACUGUAUUAUCUAGAAUACUAAACUCUUUGUACAAUAUAAAAGAAAUAUUGAAAUCAUGUAAUUCUGAUAUGUUUGGACAUGAGUAUUUAAUUAUAUUUAUUAUAUUAGGUUCUACUUAAAAUGGACAUAUAAUAAAAUGUUUAUUUAAUUAUCUUAAGUAAUAUAAUAAUUAGAGAAAUAAUAUAAAAUUAAAUUAAUAGCUAAAGAUCCAAGUAUUAGAAAUUCUAAUUAAUUUUUAAAUGCCAUAUAUGAUCAUAUUGAGGAAAAAGCUUUGCGUGAAAAAACUUUAAUAAAUCCUCAACAAAAAUAAACAAUUGAUUAAAUUUUGCCUCAACUUAGUCCAGAAUCUAUACAAAAAAUAUCUUAAUUAAUCAAUUAAGAUAUUUUCUUAUAAUAAUUUUUUAGCAUAUAAGAUUUAGCUUAAUUAUUAAAUAAUUAGAAUGCUUGUUUGAAUGAAUCUGAAGUGAUAAAAUUGAUAUAAAUUGAAGGGUAUGAUUUGGCUCAUUGUGAAUUGAGAUCUUCUACAAAUCAUUUAUUUAGAGUAAUAUAAGAUAUAAUAAUUGAAUGCAGAACUGUAAAAGAAUCUAGUGUUCAAGCUAAGAGUCUAGCUAAAAAGUAUCACAUUUAAGAGAUUAUUGAUAAACAUAUGUCAUCAUAUGAAUAUAAAUAAAAAGAAUGGAAGAAAGAAGUUAUAGAAAAUAAAAUAAAAUAAAUUGAACAUUAAUUUGAUGAAAUAUCAGAAGCUCCAACAACUCCAGAGAUGAAACUAAAAUCAAGUAUUGCAACAAAUAGUACACAUGUAACAUCUUAACCAUCAAAAUUAAUCUUGAAUAGCUAAAUGACAAAAGAAUCUACUUUAUUAACUCCUACUUCAAAUAAUCUAAGAAGAUAUUUGAAUACAGUAGAAUCUUAAAUUCCUAAUAAGAAAUCAUAUCUUCCUAAAGAACCUAUUUUUGCUCAUUUACAUUAAAUGAGUAGAAAAAUUAAAAAUGAAAAGAUUUCUACUUAAACACAUUUAAGAACUUUUACUCUUUAAAGUAUUGAUUCAACAAAAUAACACAGUUAAUAAACUAUCCCUCUCAAAUUACUACCUUCAAUACCUGUAUAGAAUUUUUCAUAAAAUCUCUUAAAAUAACCAACAAAUAAAAUUAUUAAUAGAUAAAACAGAAAAACUCAAAUUGUUAAAACUGAACCAACUGUGAAAUUAGAAAUUAAAUAAACACAUAAUUUUUCAGACAUAUACGAAAAAUCUAAUAAAAAAAUAUUUGAAUUUUUUAGAAAUACUAGUAUGAAAAUUAAAUGA